UGAAUAUGGAUGCAUGUUCAGGGCAGCCCUAGAGGACCCCUGAAAGUUGGUUGAUCCGGGCGGAUAAUCCGCCAUAAUCCGUAUCGCUCUCACAUCACUCUAAUAAACAACUUGCCUAACCUAAGCCAACAUGCAAUACCUCCUCCCUUCCAUUUCGUCCCAGCUCCCACCCAAAGCUCUUUAUCUUCGUCUAUAAUCGCCUCUGGACUCUUUAUUAUCCUCCCCAGCCCAAGCGAAAACUGUCGACGUAGAAACCUGCAUCUCCUCGAACCUCCCCAGGGUUUUGUGUGCUCCACACAGCCUGCAGAUGCCAUCCGUAACGCCCUUCGAGUUGCCUAUGCUCUCCUCGAGUAAGAAGAGGAGGCAUGAUGACGACCCCAACCAGGUGCAGGUGCAAUUAACAUCCCAACACGAGUCGACGAAUCUUCUAUCCGCCAUCAACAAUAAUGAACGCUUCAUAUUCCCCACAUCGGCCCGAGGCGCUUCUUCCCUGCUGAAUAUGCCUCGGAAGAUGAUACCUCUACCUGUAAACAAGAGAGUCCGGCUUGUUAACGACAACGAUGGGCAUCUACAUUCGCACAAUUCCUAUUCCCACGCGCACCCCGAGUCCCCGGUGCCUAUACCAUCGCCACAGCACACCAAACUAGGCAUAUGUCUCAAAACAGGGCAAUCAAGCUCACAAUCCCUUCUAAGUCCCUGCCACAUCUGCCACCGGAAACCCACCAAGAAAUCUGACCUGGACUCCUUUGCCGACUGCCUCGGCUGCGGACAGCGGUCCUGUUUCGUGUGCCUACGCGCGUGCCGGGACUGGCUCGCAUCCUCAGAAGAAGACGACGAUAGUCUAUCUGCGUCGUUCACCAUGCAGGAUGUAGACGACAUCACCCCCGAGUCCUCCCCCGAGGCGAGCCAGAAGCAAAGAAAGGGAGGCGGUACCGGGCCUGACUCGAGCUGGGUCGGCCGCGGCCAUCGGGAGCUGAUCUGUAGCCGGUGCUGCGUGGAGCGCGGACCCGAGGGCGACGUUGUGUGUUUAGGGUGCUUGGCCGGGAUGGAGGGGGCAUAGGGUGCCUCGACAGACGAGCAAGACCAAGACCAAGACCAAGACCAAGACCAAGACC